AUGUCCACCUUCGAAGUCUACGGUCCACCCCUCCCAGAUGAACCUGUCUGGCCCGCCCCCACCGAUGGCCUCGGCCUCGGUCUCGACGCACCAGCCACCGCCCCGACCACGAGGACGCCCUGGCUUCAGCGUCUGCGGGAGCUGUCGCGCUUAGCGGCGACGUCGCCGCGAACCGUGUACAUCGAGCGCGACACGGAGGACACGAUCCACGCGCACCUCGACGUGGUGGAGUCGAUCCUGCGCGAUCCGCGGCCCGAACUGACGCGGGAAAUGGGCAAGUAUCGGCGGCGGAGCUGGGGCAGAGCGAUGAUGGAAACAGUGGAAAAAAAGACCAUGACGGAGAAGGAGGCGGCGCCGGAGCAGAAGGACCGUGUGGACCGGCACGCUGUUUUGGCGCAGCUUACCGCGCUCUUGGGCGAGGUGACACUGGUGAAUGAGGAAAUUGGCCGGCGGCGCACCGAAUCGAGUGAGAUCUGCGAUCUCUUUGAAGAGAGAUGUCGUGGGUUGACGAGGACGGUGGCGGAAUUGGAAGAUGAAGUGGCGGAAUUACAAGCCGACCUCGUCGAAGAUGCAGUCGAAUUGGAAGGCAUCCAGGGUACCGUCCACGGACUGCAUGAUUGGAUCGGCCGGCUACGCGAAGAGCAUAAACCAGUCCGCAUGUCGAAAGACCUCGCAUAUCAGACGUCGCGGCGCCGCUGGGUCAGCCGCAAGGAAACUGAGGAAUGGACCGCCACAACCGACGGCGAGAUGAUGCUUGACGGACUGAGUGCAUGGAUGCGGGGGUGGAGAGAUGUCGAAGAGGGCUUUCAGGCCCGAGCGCGGGCGCGACAGAUCCGGAGGGACAAAAGACAGGAGCAGCUCUUGAGACCCGCGGAACACGGUACAUCAAUCUACAAUCACAUAGUUGCAUAG